UCUGGCCUGACUCCCCCUUCAUCCCUGCAUUGCUCCCUCCUCUCCCUCCUGCGCAGGCACCUGGCGGCCCCCCCCACGCCCGACGGCUCCCCCAGGCACCGCCCGGGGCAGGCAGGGCGCUCGGCCGGCUCCCCCUCGCCCGGAUUUCGGCCAACUCUCCUCCCCGCCACAACUUUAGCAUGAUGUCUUAUCUUAAGCAACCACCUUAUGCAGUCAAUGGCCUGAGUCUCACAACCUCGGGCAUGGAUUUGUUGCAUCCGUCCGUCGGUUAUCCCGCCACCCCGCGAAAGCAGCGGCGGGAGCGCACGACCUUCACCCGGGCGCAGCUGGAUGUGCUGGAGGCUCUUUUCGCCAAGACGCGCUACCCCGACAUCUUCAUGCGGGAGGAGGUGGCCCUGAAAAUCAACCUGCCCGAGUCCAGAGUGCAGGUGUGGUUUAAAAACCGCCGAGCCAAGUGCCGGCAGCAGCAGCAGCAGCAGCAGAACGGGGGCCAGAACAAGGUGCGGCCGGCUAAAAAGAAGAACUCGCCAGCCCGGGAAGUGAGUUCGGAGAGCGGGACCAGCGGGCAGUUCACUCCCCCCUCCAGCACCUCAGUCCCCACCAUUUCCAGCAGCAGCGCCCCCGUGUCCAUCUGGAGCCCAGCGUCCAUCUCCCCGCUCUCAGACCCCCUGUCCACCUCUUCCUCCUGCAUGCAGAGAUCCUACCCCAUGACCUACACCCAGGCAUCAGGCUACAGCCAAGGAUACGCUGGAUCGACCUCCUAUUUCGGAGGGAUGGACUGUGGAUCUUACUUGACCCCUAUGCACCACCAGCUCCCCGGGCCGGGGGCCACCCUGAGUCCCAUGGGUGCCAACGCGGUCACCAGCCACCUCAACCAGUCUCCAGCCUCCCUCUCCACCCAGGGCUACGGAGCCUCCAGUUUGGGCUUUAACUCCACCACCGAUUGCUUGGAUUAUAAAGACCAAACCGCCUCCUGGAAGUUAAACUUCAAUGCUGACUGCUUGGAUUAUAAGGACCAGACAUCGUCAUGGAAGUUCCAGGUUUUGUGAAGAACCUUUGUGGUACCGAGAGAAAUCGCGACGAGAGCGAACAGGCUGGGCUGAGCGCUCCAGUUUUAGUCAGGUCUUGGUUAAAUUAAAGAGAAAAAUAACUCCACGGACAAACAAACGAACAAAAAAAAAAAAAAACUGACGGCAACAAGAGGGGGACAGUGUUGGUGUGAUCCCGUUCAGACUCAUCUCCUGCUCAGACGCUCUGGAAAAGGAAUAAUAAAGAGGAAAAACGGAGGAGGAAGGCCUUAAACGGACAGAUCAUCUAGUGAGCAGAAACCAGACAGACCCAUCUGUGUUCUUUCUAGUUUUAGCCAAUUGUUGGGUUUCUUUGUUUGGAAGAGGUGGGAGAUCUUCCCACCUGCGGGCCAGUUUUAAGAAAAAAAA